GACAAUAAAAUGGAAAACUUGGGCUGAAAAGUUGUUUUCAACCCAAUUGAAAACAUUUUCCCUAAAAUCUGAAAGGAAACCACGUUUUCCUUUCUCUCUCUCAAACCUAUGUUUCACGCUAUAACUCAACUCAUCUUCACUCUAGUCAAUCUUCUCUCAACUCAUCUUCUCAAUCUCACGGAAAUCCGUGUUUAAUUCAUCAGGUUGUUGGCAUUUUUUUGAGCUACUAUGGAGUCGAAUGAUGUUCAAAAGUCUCAGGUGGUGAAAGAAGAGAAGAAAACUAAUUUCCGUUGGUCGAAGCAAAUGUCCAAGGAAUUAUUGGGAUUUCUUGCAGAAGAAGUGAAAAGAGGAAACUGACCAAAUAACAUUUUCAGAACUAGUUCUUUUGUAGUUGUUGCGAAGUUAAUUUCAGAAAAAAAUUCAGACUACUUGCAAUGUUGACCACAUUGAGAAUCACAUGACGACAUUGAGAACUGCUUGGGGAAUUAUAUCACAAGUUUGGGGAAAGUCCGGGUUUGGUUGGGAUGAUAAUAUAAAGAUGGUAACUACGUCUCCUAAAACAUAUCUUGCUUAUGUUCAGCAAUAUCCAUCUCAUGACAAAUAUUUGAAAAAGAAAAUUGAUAUGUAUGAGGAGAUAGCGAUAGUGGCGGGUAAAGAAAUGGCACGAGUUAAUUACUCCAAGACAUUCGGCGACAUUCAAAAUACUUCAAGUGGGCAGCCUAAUACUACUGAAAUUGAGUCUACUAAGUUAGACAGUGGAACUUCUUCUGAGCUCAGAUCUCAUAGGAAGAGGCCUCGAGUUGAAGAUGAAGGGGAUGAUUUGCAACAUAUCUCUACUCAACUAGGUGAAGUUGUUAGUGCUCUGAAAAAAAAUUCGAACAACCAACUUGGUGUGGGGAAACUUUACUAGGAAAUCAUGAAGAUGGAUGACUUUGAAGAAGCUAUCCGCGUUGUUGCUUUUGACCACUUGGUUGAGCAUUAGAUGCUUGCUAAAGCUUUCUUGACCAAAAGUGAAUCUCUUCGCAAGCUUUGGCUCCAAAAAUAUGUCAAGACUCUACUACUAAUAGUCUCAAUAGUAUUGUGCUAUGACAUGUUAGAAACUUUGGGAGUGUUAUAAGAAUGAAUUUUUUUCAAGCAACAAUGUUAAAUUAGUUUGGUCAAAAUUUUUAAGGAAGCCAAUAAUAAUUUUUCUAGCAAAAAUGUUAUAAGAAUGACUUUGUUUUCUAGCAAAAA